UUCUGUAACCUCCACAUGACCGCUGCGGGUUUCGAACCUUGGUCACUUGGUCCAAAUUUCCCGCCACUGAACCAACUGAGCUACGGGUUCUCUUCUUUUCCGUUCAAAAUCGUCGGCAAAUAUCUAUUGUUGCUGAACAACCAUUCGGAAACUCAAGAGUUCUGGCUGGAUGUUUCACCUAUAAAUACGUUCUUGGUAUCUAAUAUUGAACCGAUUUUGGAUUUCGCCGCAUCCUUUAAAUGUCCGUAUGAACUGCUUUGGGGGUUUCCCUAUGAAAAAAUGUUGCUUCAGGUGUUUAUAACUAAUCUCUCUAUGCAACUAAACCAACCUGUUGCAAAUUAUGUCUGCAAGCUCUAUCUACAAUAGCUAUUUGUUCAACUGCGGGAUUGGAAGAUCAACC